UAACUCCAUGCUACAUAAUUAUUUUACCCAAUAUUGCUACUUACUUAAGGCACAACAGCAAUAACCAAAGUUGCAUUAAAUUAAACAAAGUCUUUGUCUUAUCAAGCUUGUAAACACAGUACAAAAUGCAUAAAAUUAAAACGUCUGUGUCACAACACAAAUUAUAUAUACAUAUACACAGAGUACUUGUACUUGUAUGGUCUGAUCUGUGAUUUAUCUUGUGAAUUUGUUAUAUUCCAAGUAAUUUUAACUUAGCAAUUAGCCAUAAAACAUUCAACGUGUAUUAAUAAAUCCAAAAUAAUUUGCACCAAUAAUUCAGUUAUUGAAUAUUUUGUAAUUUAUAUUUUUAGAAUUUGUAACAGAAAUUGUGAAAAAUAUCAGAAAAUAAAAUGUCUGGAAAUAGAAGAGAUAGGUCUCGUUCACCAAUGAGGGUGGAUAGUAACAGCCGUAGAAGAGACACAAAGAAUCAUGAUAGUAAUAAAACUGGAAAUGAUAUGUCUAAUGUUAUGAAUCAGAUGAUGAUGUCAAACAUGUACUCACAAGGAAAUAUGAUGAUGUCUGGUGGGAUGUAUCCCAAUAUGAUGAUGUCUGGAAUGAUGGCUGGAGGCAUGCUACCCUCUACUGUUGACAUGAUGUCAGGUACUGGAAUGGAAUUAAUGUCUCCUUCAACAGUGGACAUAUCUUCAAUGGCAGGACAAGCCAUUCCAGCAACAGGCUCAACUCCCAUUGAUAUAAGUAUGAUGGGAGGUAUGGUGGUAGAUCCUUCAAUGAUGGGAAUGUAUUCUAACAUGGGCAGUGACAUAUCCGCAGUUCAGGAAAAGAAGGAAAUUGUUUUUAAACAUUGCAAACUAAUUCCGCCAACAGCUGGCACACCACAGUCGCCGCGAAGAGCGAAACCUCCUGGUUGUCGUACUAUUUUCGUCGGUGGUUUACCAGAAAAAAUUAGAGAGAGUACAGUUAGAGAUAUUUUUGAACCGUAUGGGAGGAUUCAUACUUUAAGACUCUCAAAAAAAGAUUUUUGUCACAUACGAUUCGAUCGUGAAAGCUCUGUACAUGCAGCUAUGCAGUUAUCUGGUUAUCGUAUCAAAUUGAUAAGCAAAGAUAAAGAUGAAAAAGAAGAAGAUGAUGAUUCUCAUGCAACUUCAGGCUGGUUGCAUGUAGACUAUGCUUUGAGUCGAGAUGAUCAAAAUGAAUAUGAGCGUCGCCAACGUCAGGCUCUGCGUGCACAGCAAGCACAAAUGCAACAGUUGACGGCACAGCAAGAGCUGGCCACUCGCAGUGUAGCUGCACCAUAUCGGCGAUCACCUUCACCAGUCAGAAUUCAGCCAUUUUCUAAUGCAGCUAUUGUUCAAUUAGUGGAAAAAAUAAAAAAUGAAGAACAUUUUUCAAAUACUCUACCUACACUUAUUGCUUGGUUGGAACGUGGUGAAUGUUCUAAAAAGAAUGCAAACCAAUUUUAUUCUAUGAUUCGUGCUACUAAUUCACACAUACGGAGAUUAUUUAAUGAAAAAAUGCAAGCUGAAGAGGAACUCCAAGAGUGUAAAGAACGAGUGAAAAAUCAUAUUGAAAAAGUUAUUGAACAACUCGAGCAGGUGGCGAAAGUGUUUACAGCGGCAGCCCAUCAGCGCGUGUGGGAUCACUUUACGAAACCACAGCGGAAGAAUAUUGAAACAUGGCAGAAAAUGACUCAGGAAUUUAAUUCAUUGAAAGAAGAAUUUAAUGAGAAGUUCUUUAAUGAGGAAACUGAAUUUAACGGCUUUUCUACAAAAGUUGCGGAUAAUCCGAGUGAAGAAUAUCAACUAUUAUUGCGUGAAAAUGAGAGUUUGCGAUUCCAACUGGAAGCUUAUAAAAAUGAAGUUGAUGUUAUAAAGACAGAUGCACAAAAAGAAAUGGAAAAGUUCAAGGCUCAAUUUAUAGCUCGACAAGCAUUGCAAGGUGCUAUGGAGAAAAACCCACCUCUGCCGUCGCCCAUAGAGAAGCCACCACCACCCCCACCAUUGCCUGAUGACAUGGAUACAGUCGUACAAUUAAAAGAACAGGUUGACGCUGGAUGUGGAGAAGCGAAGCUAAUCGGUGUCAUGUCUGCUUUCCUACAGGUUCAUCCACAAGGCGCCAGUCUGGAUUACGUCGUAUCCUACGUUAGGGCUCUAUUUCCGCACGUGUCUCAAGCUACAGUACACCACGUUCUCCAGAAGCACCCAGACGUGUUUGAACGUGCCACAACUGGCGUCGGCGCUAAUAUAGAGCAUCGCUGGUCUUUUGUUGCGUUCAACAAAGAAGACACGUUCCAAUCAUAGACUUGUGCCAAAUGUCUAGUAUGUAACGGCAAAGCAUAUCUACCAUUAUUAAGAAGUAUUUGUAAUAGUGUGAAGAAGUGACUGAUAUUUUUAAUAUCAAAUGUAUGUGUAAGUAAGAUAAUCAUGCCAUUAAAGUGGUUACAUUACAUA